ACAGGGCGGGGCAGAGAACUCCGCUUUAACAGAGGAGCUGAACGCAGAUGGCAGCACACACAGCGUUAUUAGCCUAGCUGACUGAAUUCGGGAGUUAAAUAACCGAGUGAAGUGUCGCGUCAGGGCGAGUUUGGACUGUUUGGAGUUUAUAAUCGGAGUCGGGGAGAAGCGCUGUGGCCCUGUGGGCUCGCUGAGCUCGAUCAGGCUUCAGCUGGCCGAGCAGUUGGCAGCAGGAAGCAGGAGGAGAAGCGGGGGUGGAGAGCCGUGGCGAGAAUCCAGCUGGAGGAUUUCUCUCUCUCUUUUUCCAUGAUCUUCUGCGACACCUUUUAAUGUAGGUAAUGAACAGCGUUUCGACGGCGGUCGUGGAUUUCUCCGUCUUCGUGUUGCCAUGAUUGUGGUAACGUUAGUCCAGUGAGGGAGGUGUGAAAACCGAGAAGCGGAUUUAGGACCCGACGACAAAAAGGAAGCAGCAACCAAAUGCAAUGGAUUUAAAAACAGCAGUGUUCAAUGCAGCCAGAGAUGGCAAGCUCAAGUUAUUGCAGAAGCUUUUGGAGAAUAAAACUGACCGUGAGGUUACGAAGCUGAUGGCUGAAAAGACCAAUGGAGCUACACCACUGCUGAUGGCUUCUCGGUAUGGGCACCUUGAUUUGGUCGAAUACCUUCUGGAAUGCUGCUGUGCACCUGUUGAGGUGGGAGGCUCUGUCAAUUUUGAUGGCGAGACGAUUGAAGGAGCUCCUCCGCUGUGGGCCGCUUCAGCGGCUGGACAUUUGAAAGUUGUGCAGUCUUUGCUGGGACACGGUGCCUCUGUGAACAAUACUACACUUACAAACUCUACCCCUCUCAGAGCCGCCUGCUUUGAUGGCCAUCUCGAUAUUGUCAGGUACUUGGUGGAGCACAAAGCGAAUUUGGAGGUGGCCAAUCGACACGGCCAUACAUGCUUGAUGAUUUCCUGUUAUAAAGGCCACAAGGAGAUUGCUCAGUAUCUGCUGGAAAAAGGCGCUGAUGUUAACAGGAAAAGUGUGAAAGGUAACACCGCCUUACAUGAUUGUGCUGAAUCCGGAAGCUUGGAGAUCAUGAAAAUGCUUCUGAAAUAUGGUGCCACAAUGGAAAAGGACGGUUACGGAAUGACCCCGCUUCUCUCAGCCAGUGUGACUGGGCACACUAACAUAGUAGAUUUCCUCACGCAGCACCCUCAGACAAACAAAAUUGAACGGAUUAAUGCGCUGGAGUUGCUAGGAGCUACGUUUGUUGACAAAAAGAGGGAUCUUCUAGGUGCUCUAAAAUACUGGAAAAGAGCCAUGGACAUGCGAUACAGCGACGUCAGCAACAUCUUAGUAAAAGAAGAACCUAAGGAAUUAAUAAUGGCGUAUGAUUAUGCCAAGGAGGUUAGUACCAUUGAGGAGCUGGACAGCUUAAUUUCGGAUCCCGAUGAGAUGAGAAUGCAGGCUCUUCUUAUUAGAGAACGUAUCCUCGGCCCCUCACAUCCAGACACAUCGUACUACAUUCGCUACAGAGGAGCAGUUUACGCAGAUUCAGGGAAUUUUGAGAAAUGCAUCAACUUAUGGAAGUAUGCUCUGGACAUGCAGCAGAACAACUUGGACCCCCUCAGUCCCAUGACAGCGAGCAGCCUGCUCUCAUUUGCUGAGCUCUUCUCCUUCAUGCUUCAAGACAGAGCAAAAGGCCUGCUGGGAACGUCCGUCUCUUUCGAUGACCUCAUGGGUAUCCUCAGCAAGAGCGUGCUGGAGAUUGAGAGAGCUAUGAAACAGCCCCACCCAGGCCCGGACCCCACUCAACUUAGCAAAGCACUUUCCAUCAUCCUGCACCUUAUCUGCCUGCUGGAAAAAGUUCCCUGUACUGUGGAACAGGAUCACUUCAAGAAAGAAACCAUCUAUAAGUUCCUCAAGUUGCACCCAUGUGGUAAGAAUGGUUUCAGCCCCCUGCACCUUGCCGUGGAUAGGAAUACUACAUGCGUGGGGCGAUAUCCGGUUUGUAAGUUCCCCUCUUUCCAGGUGACCUCUAUUCUUUUGGAGUGCGGUGCUGAUGUGAACUGCCGAGACGAGGAUAACAACAGUCCUCUGCAUGUAGCCGCCUCCAACAACCACCCAGACAUCAUGAACCUGUUGAUUGCCUGCGGAACGCACUUUGACAGCACCAACUCCUUCAAACAGACUGCCUGUGACUUGCUUGAUGAGAAGGAGAUGGCCAAGAACCUGAUCCAGCCUAUUAAUCACACCACACUACAGUGUUUGGCUGCAAGGGCCAUUAUAAAGUACGAUCUCACAUAUAGGGGAAAUAUCCCAGAGAAGCUGGAGGCCUUUGUGCUGCUACACAGAUAAUGACUGAGAGGAACUGAAGCGUUUGGUGAAAAACGUCUUGGAGUCUAAAACACGUUUUAAGUACCUCCAUGCUCCUCAUGUGCUGUUUGUACAGAAUAAGAAGUCUAGCACAGACGUUGAUCAUAGAUUGAUUCUAUUCUGUGGGCAUGCCUAAUAUUUUUAACAGAUUCUAACCCUCAGAUGCUUAUUUCUUGCUGUUUGUCAACAUCUUUUGCAUUUCUGCCUGAUCCCCCUGCUUUGUAUUUUCCCCCUCAAUGCAAAGGUGGUGGGACCUGGCUGGUUUGAUCUUCAUUUUCCUGCUGUUAUCUGGACACAGUACUGUUCUAAUACUGCUGUUUUUACAAAUUCAUGGUUAUGCUCUCAUUGCAUAUUUUUUGUCGAGUGGAAUGGAAUGCACUCAUUACUCCCUUCAAGCAUAAAGAAGCUUUAUGAUGUGGUUAAUGGUUGCGAAUACCAUAAGUGCUUUAUUUCUCCUAUGCACAGCCUAUGAUCUUGCGACUGUUCUGUGUUACUGGACUGUGCCACUGUUUUGUAACUGCCUGUUUUAUUUACAUCUGUCAUUUUUUUCCCCUCAUCCUCAAUCUUCCUUAACUUGAAAUGCAACUCAGUAAGUAAAUCUGCAGCGAGGAAGCAAUUGAGGUUUUCUUGAGUAAUCAAGUUUUCAGCGAUAAAGCCUGGACAUUUUCAAAGCUCAUUUGCGAGGACCUUUGAGCCUCAUGGUUUUAAGGCAAGCUAUAAAUUUGAGACAAAGGUUGGUUCCAUCUUCUUAAUGCACAGCAUGUAGUUAAGUUAUUGUAGUGCCUGUGUCUAAUCAAGGCCGGUAUCAUCCACAGAUCUGCUCUACUGGGACUUCUAACUCCUGUUGAUGACACAUUUUGUAGGAAGAGGAUGUACCUUUAGUGAAGUUCUUGCACAUGUUUUUACUCCAGCUACAGUUGUGCAUUUUGAAAAUAAGGGCUUUUCAUACUUAAGAGCACAUUUCACAAGCAAAAGAAACAAAUGUACAUUACUAGCUACCAGAGAAAUUGCACUUUAUUGCAGUGGCGUUUGAAAAUUCCUUUUACAAUGGCUUGUCAAUGUCCUCAGAGCAUAUUUAACAAUAAACCUCUGUUGCACUUCCA